UUGGCACGCGCUGCGCACUUGGCAGUGACGCUCAGAGGAGUGAGGUGUGUGUAACCAAGAGCUAAAAUUGGUUUCGUGAUGAGGAAAAGUGAAGGAACAAGCCGUUGCUAUCUGUUCUCCUGUCUUGUUUGAAGGAGCACAGGGAUCAUCUCCCCUUAUCAGAGAAGACAAUUGAAGAAUACUGUUCGGAACACCUUUUGCGCAAUAAACUCAACAAUUUGACCUUUUUUUUUCUCGAAAGGGAACAUGGUCGAUUGAACAUUAAUAGCCUACGACAUCCAGCAUAAAAGAAAAGAUACAAUAUUUAAAUCGCACUUAACAUUUUCCCGAUAGGAAUGGAUUCGCUCAUCACUUCCAAUGACUUCCAAAGUAACUGGACAAACAACUCGAUAGCACAAAAUGAAACCGAGAUAUACUGGAACCAGUUUGUGCAACCUGCUUGGAGGAUAGUGCUCUGGGCAGUAGCUUACAGCACAAUUGUCAUUGUCUCCGUGGUGGGCAAUAUUACGGUAAUAUGGAUCAUUUUGGCGCACAAACGAAUGAGAACCGUGACGAACUAUUUCCUUGUGAACUUGGCGUUCGCUGAAGCGUCAAUGUCGGCAUUCAACACCGUUAUAAACUUUGUUUACUCCGUGCACAACGAGUGGUAUUUCGGACUCUAUUACUGCCGAUUCCACAACUUCUUUCCUAUAGCCGCCGUCUUCGCUUCCAUAUAUUCAAUGAGCGCGAUUGCGCUCGACAGAUAUAUGGCCAUCAUUCAUCCCCUGAAGCAGAGGAUGUCUGCAACACAGACCAAGGUGGUCAUCGGGGUCAUCUGGGUUCUGGCUUUUCUGCUGGCCUUCCCCCAGUAUUACUACUCUGACACGGACCAGCUGCCGGGCAGGGUGGUCUGCUACAUCGACUGGCCUGAGUACACUCUCCUGGACUUCAAAAAGAUGUACUUUGUGUGUGUAGCAGUGCUGAUUUACUUCCUCCCUCUCCUGGUGAUGGGCUGUGCUUACCUGGUGGUGGGUUUGACUCUGUGGGCCAGUGAGAUCCCAGGAGAUUCGUCUGACCGUUACCAAGAGCAGCUGAAUGCCAAACGCAAGGUGGUGAAGAUGAUGAUUGUGGUGGUAUGUACGUUCGCUGUUUGCUGGCUCCCCUAUCAUGUCUAUUUCCUGAUUUACCAGUUCUACCCGCACCUGUUUGAGCAUCCCUUCAUUCAGCAGGUCUAUCUGACUAUUAUGUGGCUGGCAAUGAGCUCCACUAUGUACAAUCCCAUUAUCUACUGCUGCCUCAAUGACAGGUUCCGUGCCGGAUUUAAGCAAGCAUUCCGCUGCUGUCCAUGCGUCCCCGAGGGAUCCUACGAGGGCCUAGAGCUCAAGUCCACCCGGUACCUUCAAACCCAGACCAGUUUGUACAGGGCCAGUCGAAUGGAGAGCACCGUGUCCUGCGUGACGCAGCCAUGUGAAGAUGGCCACAAGGUUACCUUUGGGAGCAUCAGAGCGGCUGCUGGGAGGCCGGCAACUCACAGCCCUUCCAGGGAGUUCACCUCCAAUGGCUCGUCCUCUCGCAGUAUUUCCAAGACCGUGUCGGAGACCUCCAGCUUCUACUCCAGUAAUAACCUACAGGAAUAAGAGCACAGAAACACAAGAGUCAAGCAGGACGAAUGUCGCCAUCUUUUGCGGAGAUG